GCUCAAGAAAAUUCGUUUUGCUGAGCCCGGGGGCUAAUUGAUUGAUGCUGCGGCUACGCGUGCUUUGGAUAUUUCUGCUGUGGUUGCUUUGUGCAGAAUGAAGCCACCAAUUUCAUUUGCGAGCAGCCAUUUGUUCGCGCGCAAGUUGCGUGCAGAGGUUUCGCGCUUGCGGGGUGUUCUAUCAUCCUGGCUCACUGCUGCGUUGAUCUCAAGCGGACUAUCAGGUGUUGGAAUUCUAGUUUCUGGCAUCAUUGCAGGGGCACUGCUGCACAAAUCGGCCUACAUUGUUGGUGGUGUUUUGGCCGUUCUGUGCUUGAUACUUUUUGCAGCUGUUCAAGAAGCUUGGGCUGCCAUAGGUCUUUGGCUUGGCCUCCUAGAGUUCGAUGAUUUAAGGUCCUCCCGAGAGGAGGUGUUGAAGCAUUUGAACAAUUGUGUGCACAAGCGCAAGCCAGCAGUUCUCCCAAGCAACGCCGACUUUGAUGAUGUGAUCUUGCACGCAAUGAAGGGCUUGCCAUCGAGGCUGGUCACGAUUCUGGCCAAGUCAUUGCAAGCAGGCCCGGCAAUUGCCGCGCUCUUAUCAGUAAUUUGUGCUGUUUACAUCUUCAUGUCUGACAUUCCAGACCUGAUCUCUACCUUGCCCAUCAUCCUAGCAAGCUUGGCGGCCAGUGGUGCAAUUGGCGGGAUUGCAGUGCAGAUGCGAGCCAGGGUCAUUCUGCGCAACAUCGCUGUGCAGGAGAUCGAGCUCACCGACUGCCAUUCUGGGGCGACGCUGCUGGAGUUGCAUAUGAACAUGCUGCGGCGGAAGCUGGCAUCAACGGCCGAAGGUCAGAGCCUUGCUCGUCAGUGGAUGCGUGCAUCUGUCGAGGCCCCAGGUGCUGGGGUCACGGCCGCCAUUCAGCGGGGCUGGUUGGCGGGCCUUCCUUUGGAAGAAUUGGAAGAUUGCAUGCAAGCCUACCUCAGAGCUAGUGCUCGCCUUUGUGAUUUGGCUCUCCUGGACAGAGACAUGGAGGAGUGUCGCCCUAUGCUUCCGGAGCAAAAACUUCAGGAAGCGAGUGCUGCCCGAAAGAAGAUGAUGGAGUUGACCAAUGAGCUGAGUGACAGCAUAAAGAAGCGAGAUAUACAAGCACUAUGUGGUGCGAUUGCGCGGUGUGAAGCCCAUGGCUGGCCUCCAGUACGCCUGGAGCAGGCUCACGCAACAAAGUCUGAACUUCAACAGCUGAUUGGAAAAUUGAAUCAUGCACAACGUUUGGCAGAUGUAGAUUUGCUGAGCCAAGCCAUUCAAGAGUGUGAGAAGAUGGGUAUGCCGGAAAGAGACGUUAAAGAGGCCAAGUCAAAGCGAGAGCAACUACUUUCUGUGCUUCACUCGCUUCAAGCAGCCACCGAUCAAAAGGACCCGUCCGUUUUGAUUGAAGCGAUCAAUGCGGCGAAGGCUCUCAAUGUAGAUCAUCAGCUUCUCAAUUCUGCAAUGAAAGCAAGAGAUGAGAUUGACGAGCUGAUCUCACAGGUGUCAACCAACGUGCAACGCAGUGACCGAGAUGCUUUGCGCGAAGCCUUGCGGAAGUGUUACCAUGCAGGUUUGCCUCGCAGGUGCGUUUUGGAGGCGGAAAGCCACUUAGCUGAACUUGAGAAGCUCUUGGAGGAGUUGAAAGGAGCAGUCGCAUCUUGCAAUCUUACCUUACUGGAGCAAUCUAUCUCCAAGUGUCGCACCACGGGUAUGCCUUCAAAAUACAUUGAAGAGGCGCUCGCUUCUCAACAGAAAAUACGUGGCUUGAUGCAAAAACUCGAAGCAGCGUGCAAGACUCGAGAUGCUGAGACACUGGAGGCCACAGUCCAGGAGUGCAUUGCUUCCGGGCUGCCAGCUGAAGCAUGUGAAGAGGCACUGAUGGUACAACGGAAAAUUAUGGCAGCUCAAUCGAAAUUGAAGGGGGCAGUUGAUUCCAAGAAUGUGGAGAUGCUAGAGGCGACCAUUGAGGAGUGCAAGAGUCUUGGGUUACCAGAGCGGGACUUCAUUCAUGCGUGCAAGUUGAAGCGUGCCAUCGAUGACAUGCUUGCUGAAGUGCAGAUAUGUGUUGGCCGGCAGGAUGUGGAGGAAAUUGCAGCUGCCGUCAAGAAAUGCGAAGACUUUGGCUUGAAAGCGAGGGAGCUGUCAGGUGCCACACAAGUGAGGGAAAAGAUUCAACAGAUGCUUCAACAAUUGUCUGCUGCAGUCUCUAGUCGUGACUUGGCAUCACUACGGACCAUCCUUCAAGAAUGUGAAGAUUCCAACUUGCCCGAGUACUAUUUGACGGAAGCCCAUGAAGUCAAGAGCCAGAUAGAAGAUUUGCUCGCGAAGCUUGAAGCAGCACUACGAGGCCAAAGCAUACAACAAAUCCGAUUGGCCAUUACUGCGUGUGAUGAAGGCGGGCUUCCUGCCACUCUGACCGCAGAGGCCAAAAUGGUACAAAUCGAUUUAGAAAGAUUGUUUGAGAACCUGCAAGAAGGCAUUUCGACUCGAAAUGUGCACCUUCUCAAGGCCGCGAUCAAAGCAUGCAGAGACAAAGGGGUUCCUGAUUCUAUGUUAGAAGAGGCCCUCAGCCUUCAAGACAGCAUCGAGAAGAUCUUUGAAAAGAUCUCUGAUGCAACGUCGAAGAAAGAAAUUGAGAGCCUCAAUGAAGCGAUUUCAGACUUUCACAAAGCAGGUCUACCUCCUGCUGAAGAAGUGAACGCCGCAGAGAUGUUGAAAAGCCAAAUCGAACAACUGCUGGCACAUUUGGGUGUCGCUGUGCAGCUUUUGGACAUUCGGGUGCUGAAAGCAGCCAUUGCCGAGUGUGAGGCUGCACAGCUUCCAGAGCAGGAGUUGAAUGAAGCUUUGCUGGCCAAGUCCAGCAUUGAGCGAAUGCUUGCUACCUUGAACUUUUCCAUCGAUUGCCAAGACAUGGCUGGCAUCAAAGCAGCGAUCAAGGAAUGCCCUAUUGAUUUGCUCCGUGCCACUGUGGAAGAAUGCCGUGCAGCUGGCGUAUCUCAAAUUCUCAUUGAUGAAGCCUUGGAGGCCAGAGCAGAUGGGAUGAAUGAAGCAGAUCGAAGGAUGAUCAUUGGCUUCGGCCACGAUGACGAGAAGAGGGCAUCUUACAAUAAGGCGGUGUCAUUGCUCCAUGAGUCGAUCCAAACAGGCCAGAAGGUGCCGGCCGAGUUCGAGGAAUUGAUGAACGAGUUGAUUGUGAAUCACGUCAUGUGACGCCGAGGCCCACGUUUCACCAUGGUUUCACUGUUUUUCAUCAGCAGGCAUGAGAGAGCCAUCCAACUAAUUUGUCGU